CUCCUCCUUUUCCACACUUCUCCCAUUUUUUAAUGUAGAAAGAACGCAUUUUUAGCGCACGAGUUCUCUUGUUGGAAGAAUCAAGAUUGGGAUGAUGGUGGUGGUGAUGGCGAUGAACAAGAAGGAAGAAAGAUUGAAUGUCUUCUCCGCCGUCGAUCUCGAAGAAUUUGAGCUUUCUCUUGCAGGGAGGCGCCGCCCUUCUCUGCUUCUUCGGCGCCGGCGGGCAGUCGGUCGUUUUCGGGAUCGAAUUCCGGGGAGAAUUCGGCGUCCGGCACAAUUCCUCUUCUCCUCCUCGAUCGCCGCCGGCAACGCCGCCGCAAUUCUGAUCCUCCUCCGCCCGAAUUUGCUCUGAGGACCGCACUCCCGUUCUGAAUUCUUGAUUCCCCGGCGAGACUUGGCAGGAUUCUCGAUUCCCCGUGGAAACAGGGCUGGGUUCUCGAUUUCCCGGCAAGACAGGGCCGGGUUCUGGAAUUCCCGGCGAGACUUGGGUGGAUUCUUUGGUUUCCGGCGAGAGUUGCCGGAGGUCUAGAUCUACGGACAUGGCGGUUUGCCGGAGGGGGUGGCGGAGGAGAGAAGGAGAUCGGUAAGAACGUGUUUGGGUGAAUAUAAAAAUAGUAAUAGG